GGCGUUUGCAGAGAAGAAAAUUACGUAGUAUUGAGCGAACUAUGAUUCCUUUAAUGCGCUCAGACUUCAUUCCGCCGGUUAAACAGCGGUGCAGCGUGAGGCGGAUGACCGGACCAAGAUGGCGGCCGCAUUUCUCGACAGCGCCCAUUCAUGGUAGCGGCCGAUGCGGGGUCUAUCUUUUAUUAUGUCUAUGGCGACACCUCUCACCACCAAACAGGCAGCCAACUCAUCCCAAAUCGCAAAUUAUUCACAUCCAUAUAACCAGAUGUGGAGAUUAGACAGAGUUCGGCAUAAAGCGGGUCGACAUGUCAGCCACUUGGACGAGCUGAGGUCAAAGAGACGAGAGCACGAGAGAGGUGAGUGUGUGUUUGUUUACAUGCGACGUUCACGGACAGUCAGUAAUGGAUUGAAUCAUGUUCAAACACCAUGUAUCACUAUUCCAAUCAUUCAGAGCUGAGACAGGCACGCAGAGAUAAUCAGCUUGUAAGCAGGAGACUCCUCCUGAGUGAAGAUGAAGACCAGUUGGAGAUCACCAUGGAUACCGACCUGGGAGAGCAGGUCAGACAGACAGUAUGAUAGUGAUGAAUAACACUUUGAGAGCUCUCCUAAAACUUGCAGCCUAAAUCUACUGCCUGAUUCCUCAGGAUGUGGUCAGUUUGUUCCACAAACUUCAACACAACGGACCAGAAAGAGAGAUCCACCUUAAAGCAUUGAGUAAAGCUCUGCGAGACCCCCCAGCCCAGCUCAUCUUCAUCAAGUACGGUGGUGGUAACUUUCAUCCCAUAUUCGUUUAAGCUUUAAAACUGUUACUGCCAGCUAUCUGUCUCAUGUGUCAUACAUCUGUCCCCCCACAGACAGGAGAACAGCAUGCAUCUUUUGGUUGGUUUCCUCACUGGCUCCAACGCUUCGUGCCGUCUACAGGCUGUUCGCUGCCUUCAUGAAUUGUCUCAUUCUCCACACACAAACAUAGCACCAGCGUGUCUGCCUGCCACCCCCUACCUGCUCACCUAUCUGUCUGGUCAAAGCACCAAGUUCACUGUGAGUACCUGUGUUUAUUAUGUCAUGUCACAUUUAACCCCAUACACGAGGUUAGUUGACCAUAGGAGACCACUUUUUUUUGGCAUGCUAUAUUAUCAAGACAGUUACGUUUACACUCAUUCUGUUGGUUUGCAGGGAUGCACGACAUCCUGAAAUGUUUGCAGAUACACUAGUUAGAGACAAAACUAUGGUUGCCUUGAUGUAGUGAUCUGAAAUAUGAAAAAUGUCUCAUCUUACCCCACUCUCCACUACCCAGGAGUUGUGUCUCUACACGCUGGGUAACUUGUGCCCAGAGAGUGAUGUCGUAAAAGAGAAACUCCUUGCUCAGGGAAUCAUACCAGCUUUGGCCAACUGCAUGGAGGUAAACUAACAAUUUUAUAAGUCUUCACAUUUAUAAAACUUGCACCAGUGUCUUCUAAAAUUUUCAGUGUUCCUGCAAGUAAACUCGGUCAAAAUCCUAAAGUCUGACAUAAUCCCGAAUUUAUGGGAACCUGUCACCAAUGCUAAUGUGUCACACUUCAUGUUUCUCUGCAUUUUCAGAAUCAGAAACAUAAUUUUGCAGUUGUGGAGGCUGCAGGUUUCACUCUCUCUCAGCUUCUCCAGGACAGAGACGCAGUCGUGAAGAUAAUCCCGUAAUAACAGAUCAUUCCAUGUAUUUAUUUGCUCAAUUUGUAUUCUAUUUGAAAAUGUUUCACUAAAUCAUCACCUCUUUUUCGAGGGGCUGGCCUCACAGUUAUCCCUGUCCUUUUUUUUGUAGACAAAUCCUGGCCUCCAGUUUACCUUCACAUUUGUUAUCAGUCCUGACUCCUGACCCAAACUUUGGUCUGGCACCUGCUAUUGAAUGUGCAUGGUGUCUGCACUACCUUACAUGCGGGUAAGAGCUGAAGAGGAUUUUUAACAAAGUGUCAUCACUAUUUUAUAUCUAUGAAUUUCCUAUUGUGUGUAAACUUUCCACAAAACAGUUUCAUUAACUUAUUAUAAUGAUGAUCUGUCUGUCUCUUGUCUUUGAAUCAUUCUGUAGCAUGGAGAACAACAGAGUGCUAUUGUCUUAUGGGGCCCUGUCCAAGUGCAGUUCCCUGCUAGUGUCAGUAGGUGGUGCUGUGUCUGAAAGAAAGAAAGAAGAUGGACUCGAGCUGGUGAGAAAACAAAGUGAAAUUCAGAAUGAUGCUUGUUGCCAAAAGUCAAAAUUUACUUGUAGCCAAAUGGAAAAAGCUCAAACAGAAAGAUGAUUAUCUAUAUGUUUGGUAAUUUGUCAAAAUCAUCCAUCAUUGCAGUUGCAUUCUUCGUUGUAUUUAAGCCCUUUAACAUCAGAGAUAUUUGGUUUAGAUCUGAAAAAGUACCUCAGGAUAUUAUGUGAUAUAAGUUAAGGAAUGAACACUUUUUCACAUUCAAAGCAGAAAAAAGUCUGAUGAAGCUCACAAUAUGUUAUGCUUCAGAGCAGCUGGUGUGUUUUUUUACAACCCUAUUAAACCAGAAGAGUAAAACAUAACCAUAAAUGUCUAUAAACUAGCAGUGUUCUGCUUCUCCUCCAGCUCAUCUGUCCUCUGCUGAGGUGUGUGGGAAACCUCCUCUCCUCCUGCUCGGUGGAAGACCUGAGCUCUCAAAUUGCUGAUGCUCGUAUCGUGGUGACUUUGUUUGAACUUCUUCAGGCUCAUGUGCAGACUCAGCCAGCCUUAGCCAGAGAGAGCGCCUGGGUCCUUAACAACCUCACAGGUUUGUAUUAAACACAUCUGGCUUUGGUCUUUUGGAUUGUGUGAAACGGGGAUUUCUGUUUUUAGUAUGUUUGGGUAAAAUGCCUGAGGUACUGUCAAUAUGAGCAGCUAUGUCAAUGUUUCACAUCUCAAGGCACUAUUGGUCAGUUGUAGGGAUUUUAGGCUCAAGCUGGUUUGCCAUAGCAGUGUAGCUUGUAAAAGAAUAAAGGAGCAUUUGCUCCUUUAUUCUUUUUAACAUAACUGAGCACAUUUCUGACCAUGGACUGUUUCUGGAGGCUUUAGUUUAAAAGAAAAGAUCUGUUCUGAUCUGAUCUGACACAUGUAAUUGCAGAGGUGUUGGAGGGGGUGUUUCCUCCUGUAUCACUUUUUAAUUGUUUUCGAUCUCUUGCUGCAGCUCACUCCAGUGCUUUCUGCUCAUCUCUGCUGACUCUCAACCUUGUCCCUGGACUGAUUCAGCUCCUGUCAUUUUCUCAAGGCUUAAAUACCAUGGUAAGUGAGAGUCCAAACCAAACUGAAAUGAUCACUUGAAUAAGACAUUGUACUUUGGGAUUCAGUCCUCCUGUUCUGUUAUUUGUUGCUAAACUCAGAUCCUGAGGGUUCUAGCUAAUAUCGCCCACAAGAAGAAGGAGUUCUGUGUCCAGCUGGCCCACCUUAAAUUGCUGUCUGCCCUGUAUGCCACAUUAAAAAUGGCCGACCAAGACAUUGUGACCCUGAGUAUGGAUGUCCUGUUCAUGCUAGUAGUAAGUGAUUCACAGGUAAGUUUGGGAAACCUUUGGAUGAAUAAUGCUAUUUAAAUUAAAACCUUUUACCAAACUUAAGUAGAGGUGACAGCAUUUGUCUGAUUUGCUCUUUGUCCUCAGGUCGCAGAGGAGUUUGUGAGGCAUGAUGGGCUGUCACUCUUACAAGCUCUCCAGUACAAGAGUGAAGGAAAAAUAAGACGAAGAGCGACAUAUCUGCUGGAGAAUCACCUCCAGUCCUACACAUCCUAACGCUCUGAAGAGACUUUUAUAGUUUGGUCAGUUAAAUAGAUAAUAAUUGAGAAUUUUAAAACAGUUCCCAAAAAAACUCACAUUCCUUAACCAACAGGAAGACACCAAAGUGAUACACAUAUUAUAAACAGUUUGACGAAAUACACUCUGAGGACACUUCUGGAACACUUGGCAUUAUAUACCUUCGAAAUAUGACCUGCUGGUUGGAUAAUGAAAUGAACUAUCAGUGUGUCAUUAAUGCCAUUUUAACUCUAGUAAGAUUAAAUGAUUUUAUGAUACCUUGCACAACUUUAGGUCUAAAACUUUCUUAAAUUCACUAUUUAUGGUUAAUUUUGUGAAGAAUCAGUGAAGAGAAUAAAAACACUGGUAUGAAUCUGCUCCUCUAGAGCAGUUACUGCAUAUCCAGACAUAUUUGUAUGACUGUAAAUUAGUUGAAAGAGGGAAAGCAAAAGCGCCCUUUUUAUGAACUCUUUCAUGUGUAAAUUAAUAAAUCUGU